UUUUUUGGGAACGCGAGACGCUGCUCGCUGUCGUAGCGGACCCUCCACGGCUCUAUAUCCAUCAUGGCUUCAGGCUCAUGUGCGACCAUGGACGGCAUCGAAACAAACGACGUGGACACGGAAGGGAAACGCCGCCAUUCGUCCACCUCGUCAGCCUCGAUUCAGUCUGUCAAGGCUCUCCAAACAGAUGUUGAAGCGCACGUAGUAGAACAGCCGAGCUUGUCGCGCCAGAUAUCCCGGAUAUCAUCCAGAUUGACGCCCAAUUAUCCGCCAAAGGUUCCGCGUAACGAAAGGCGCGGCCUGUUCGCACGCUUUUCGCUCGUGCCCGAAGUCACCCAGCCGGUGCUCUAUCCCAGGAAAACAAAAUGGGUGAUCACUACCAUCGUGGCCCUGGCCGCGUUUGCUGCCCCCGUAGGCUCUGCAAUCGUCAUGCCGUGUUUGACACCUAUAUCGAAAGAGUUCAAGGUCUCGCCCACCGUCACAAACUUGAGCGUGGCGCUGUACAUGCUGUCGAUGUCGAUAUUUCCUCUCUGGUGGAGCAGCUUCAGCGAGACCCUGGGCCGGAGAACGAUCUACGUCGCAUCCUUUGUCUUGUUCACCUUGUUCUCCAUCCUUUCGGCAGUGGCAAGCAGUAUCGGUAUGCUUAUUGCGAUGCGGAUGCUGAGCGGUGGUGCCGCAGCCAGUGUCCAAGCUGUUGGCGCCGGUACCAUUGCUGAUAUCUGGGAACGACAUGAACGUGGCCGGGCUAUGGGCCUUUUUUAUCUUGGGCCUUUAUGCGGGCCUUUGCUAGGGCCCAUCAUUGGUGGAGCGUUAGCACAAGGACUCAAUUGGCGCGCGACGCAGUGGUUCACUGCCAUAUAUGGUGGCGCUAUGAUUGUCAUGAUCACCUUCUCGCUGCCAGAGACCUUGAAGGCGCGGAAGAGCUUGAUAAAACAGGCCAAAGGGGAAGCAGAUGCGGCCAUGCAAACCGAGCUGGCUGUGACAGGCGAGGCUGCGGGUGAAAAGACAUCGAACGAGCCAAACGUUACUGACAAAUCUACGUCUUUGCAUCGAACAACGACACGGCAGUCUGUGGCCAAGCACUCGAAGUCUACAAUCAUUUUUCUCAAGCGAGCUUUUAUCGACCCACUCAAGAUUAUCCUUUUGUUACGCUUCCCUGCCGUCGCCAUCACUAUUUACUAUGCGUCCGUCACAUUUGGAGCCCUCUUCUUCCUCAACAUUAGCAUUGAAGACACCUUCUCCAGGUCCCCGUACAAUUUCAGUGUUCUCAUAGUCGGCCUCUGCUACAUUCCAGGUUCACUAGGGUACUUUAUCACGUCGAUCUUUGGUGGUCGCUGGUUGGACUACAUUAUGAAACGGGAAGCGAGGAAGGCCGGCCGUUACGACGCGAAUGGAAAUUUGAUCUUCACACCAGAAGACAGAAUGAAAGAAAACGCAUGGAUUGCUGCCUUCGUUUAUCCUUGUGCCCUGAUGUGGUACGGCUGGUCGGCACAAGCAAAAGUCCAUUGGAUCGUGCCAUUCAUCGCCAAUUUCUUCUUUGGUAGUGGCACAAUGAUGGUUUUCACCAUGGCAUCGACCAUGCUGACUGAAUUCGUGCCAAAGCGAGCAAGUACCGGUCUUGCCGUUCAAAACUUCGUGCGGAACAUCUUCUCGUGCGUAGGAGGCAUAAUCGCGCACCCAGUUAUACAUGCCAUCGGUAACGGUUGGAUGUGCACAAUUCUUGGACUUGUAUCCUUGAUCAGUGGAUGUGUCGUUAUCUGGUCGAUGAAGUCAUUCGGUCACAGAUGGCGAGAAGAGAUGGAAGAGAAGCUCGAGAAUUCCUGAGGCGCUGUUAAGGGUGUAGCUUUAAGCGCAUAAAGUCGACCAAACCGCUGAGCUCGCAAGUUCUCUGCAGCUGCCGCGGUCCCUGGGUCACACAAUCCGACGAAUGACCGCUUUGCAGAGGAAAGGCGCUGCCCUUCUCGAAGGACAACAACCAAGAGACCUGUCGAAUUGGACGCCUGGCAACGCGGGUUCGCACGAUACGAAGCUUCCCAAUUGAAUGUGAUAUGGUCGAGUGUAAAAAUUGGUAAACGGGAAAGCAAUGUAGAGCUGAAAACUCUACUCCAUUUGGGGAUAACAUUGCGUGAACGUGGCAAAACCAUGGCCAAAGUAACAGCGAGGGCCUGUGUUUGUUUCUAUAGGCUCGCUGCUGAGGAAUCUACCCUCUCAAUGCAGCAGCAAAUCCAAAAAAUUCUCCAAAAAAAA